AUGCAGGGCGCGACGCAGCUUAUGACCAUCGCCGGGCGGCUGGUUGGCGAGGAGUACCAGCAGCUCCGCCGCGUUGGUGGAAAGGUGGCUGAGCUCAGCGACGAGCUGGACACCAUGAACGCCAUCCUCCGCAUGCUGUCCGACGCCGACGAGAGCGCCGUGGACCACUUCAUCCGGGUGUGGAUGAAGCAGGUGCAGGAGCUCGCCUACGACGCGGAGGACUGCGUGCACCUCUACAUCUUCCGCAUCCGGUGCCGGCGGAGAGACGGCCUCCUUGUCUGGUCCAAAACCAAACGUAUUGUCGCGACACUCUUCCCUCGUCGCCGACUGGCUCGUCAGAUCAAUGCGCUCCGCGCUCGUGCCGUCGUGAUCAGCGAGCGCCAUGCGCGUUACGGUGUCAGCCGUGAGGCACUGCUGCGAAUCACCACUUCUUCUUUAGCUGCUCCCGCGCCAGUGUCUGGUCAUGCGCUCGGCCGGCCGGAAGCAAACGACCCUCACCAUCUCGUUGGCAUCACGGAUCAGGCUAACACCCUGGCCGACAUGGUGAAGUCAAUGAGUAACAACGAGCGCGACAUGAAGCUCAAGGUGUUCUCUAUCGUGGGGUUUGGAGGGCCAGGGAAGACUACGCUGGCGAUGGAGGUGUGCCGGCACCUGGAGGCGGAUUUUCAACGCCAAGCGCAAGUGUCAGUGUCCCAGGCGUUCGGCGGCAGGAAGGAUAUGGAGGGAUUGCUGAAGCGUGUGCUUCAGCAGAUCGUGAAGCCAAAAGCAGAUAACGCACAAGGCAUCAAGGAAGAGGACCCCCUAGAUGGCAUCGACACUAUGGGGGUAGACGAGCUCACCGGCAAGCUCGAGGAACUUCUCAUGGACACGAGGUACCUCAUUGUUGUCGAUGAUGUAUGGACAGUAGCAACAUGGGACGCAAUCAGGUCCAAGUUGCCAGACUACAACAACGGCAGCAGGAUCAUUGUGACCACUAGGAUAGAGACUGUGGCCGAAGCUUGCAGUGAUGCUAGUGUUGAUGGAGACUGCAUUUAUCGUAUCAAGCACCUGAAUACUGAAGAUUCCGAAAAGUUGUUCCUUAGUAGAGCAUUUGGUCGCGAGGAUGCCACUUUGUCAGAUGAUCUGAAAGUUGAGAUGGACAAAAAUUUAAAAAGAUGUGGUGGCCUUCCAAUGGCCAUUAUUAGCAUUGCCAGCCUGUUGGCGAGCUAUAAAUCGUCAGAGAGCAAAGAUAUGUGGGAAAGAGUUCGCAAGUCGAUUGGCUCUCACAUGGAGAGCCACCCUACCCUUGAGGGGAUGAGACAAAUAGUUACUCUCAGCUUUAACCACCUGCACUAUUAUCUUAAGGGUUGCAUGAUGUACCUCAGCAUUCUCCCAGAGGAUUAUGUCAUCCCCAAGGAUCGUCUCCUGAAGAGAUGGAUCGCAGAAGGAUUGGUUGUUGAGAUCCGUGGAUUGACCUUAAUGGAGGUUGCAGAAGCCUACUACAAUGAGUUGGUGAGUAGAAGUAUGAUUGAUCGGGCCGGUGAUAUUGUCACCUGGUAUGAUGGGAGGGUUGAGACAUGUCGGGUACAUGACAUGAUGCUAGAGGUCAUGGUGUCCAAAUCCCUAGAGUCUAACUUUGUUAGCAUAGUAGGUGGUCCGUACAAAGGGAUGUCAUAUGAUAGGAUUCGCCGCCUAUCCAUCCAUGGCGGAGAAGAGGCAACCGAAGACUCUCCAUCCAACAAAACUGAGGCAGGGCAUAGUAGGAAGAAUGACAUCGAGGGGGUGAAAAUGGAGCAAGUCCGAUCGCUGAGCAUGUUUGACCCCGAAGAUCACAUGAAGGUGCUUGAUCGUCUAGGCAAGUUCACCCUGCUCAGGGUACUUGACUUGGAAUACUGCACAGGCAUUAAAAUAGAGCAUCUGAGAUAUAUCUGCCGGAUGUACCUUCUAAGGUUCUUGAACUUGAAAGGUACAGCUAUAAGUGAGAUGCCUGAAGAAGUUGGUGAACUAGAAAAUCUAGAGAUGCUUGAUGCACGUGAGACGCACCUUAAAGAUCUGCCAAAAACUGUGUCGAAGUUGCAGAAACUUGAACACCUGCAGAUCUCCAACCAUGGUAACAAUAAUGGUUGGAUUGCACGCCGGGGACAGGGUAGGAUGAAAGCACUACGGACGGUGAAUAAACUAGUUCUCAAAUGUGAUGUUAAUGCUGCCCAAGAGAUCGGUGACCUACAACAGUUGAGAGAGUUGGGUAUUGUCGUGGACAUGACUGACAUGAGCAGUCCCCUUGUUCAGGAAGUUAACCAAAAGCUUGCCGAGUCCUUGAGCAAGAUGUUUUCCCUCCGGUGGCUCAAUAUUCGCAGCACGAGUUAUGACAAGAAUGCAAUGAACUUUCUUCAUGACGUCAAGUCGCCGCCGCGGCUCCUCCAGUAUCUUAGGAUCGGCGCCGGCAUCAGCAAAUUACCUGACUGGAUCGGGUCACUGAAUAAUGUCGUUGAUCUUUUCAUUGCCUGGACAUUCGUAACUGGUGACCAACUAUUCGAACCAGCAUGUAAGCUGCGAAAUCUGGAGCGCAUGCACUUGGAGGUGUACUGCUACGGCGAUAGAGAGCUGGUUGCGCGAACUGCCCACACCUUUCCGGCACUCAAGGAACUGUCCGUGGACUUCAAUGGAGACAAUAUGGAAGCUGUCCAAUUUCAGGAAAAAUCAAUGGUAAAGCUCGAGAGACUUAUACUGCAAUUUUGGGAGAGAGAGGAUAAAACAGUUGUUGGCAUCGAGCAUUUGACAAACCUUAAAGAGGUGAAGCUCACCGGUACGAGACACAACCCUGCAUUUGACCGUGGAGUGGAGCAAGUAAAGGCAGUGAAUAUGAGCCGCCCAAAAUCCGAUCAGAUCAAGGUUGUAGUGAAAUACGAGUGA